CUACUCUCCUUGGAAUUUCGUUCCCCUUUUCGGCUUUCGUUGCUGUUCACCCUCUCAGCUUCCUAGAAAAGGAAGAAAGAAACACUCAAUCAUGCUUCAUUAAUCCCAAUCACAAACAAUAUUUUAAUAACCGAAUUCUUGUAUUUAAUUCAUAGUUGAAAAAAGAAAAAAGAAAAAAGAAAAAGCUAAUUUAAUUCUAAUCAUGAUAAUACAAUAAAACCACAUAAUACAUACAGACCAAACAUUAUACAUGAAAAACCUACUUUGACCCUCUCUCCCUCUGUCUCUCUCCAUCUCUCUCUCUCUCUUAUAAUUUAUCUUAAUUAGGCCAGUCCAAUCCGAUCUCCGGUUCGAUUUUAGGGUUUACUAAUUCUGACAAUAUUAUGGCUCAGGCACCGGGAAGGGGCAGGGUUGUUGGAGAGUACCUGGUAGGUAGGCAAAUCGGGUCGGGUUCCUUCUCGGUGGUUUGGCAUGCUAGGCACCGAGUUCAUGGAACUGAGGUGGCGAUAAAAGAGAUAGCCACGAGUCGACUCAAUAAGAAGUUGCAAGAGAGUUUAAUGUCUGAGAUCUUUAUUCUGAAGAGGAUUAAUCAUCCUAAUAUUAUUUGCUUGCAUGAUAUCAUUGAGGUCCCGGGGAGAAUAAAUAUUAUAUUGGAAUAUUGCAAGGGAGGUGAUCUUUCUAUGUAUAUUCAACGGCAUGGAAAAGUUCCUGAAGCAAUUGCUAAGAACUUCAUGCAGCAACUAGCGGCUGGUUUACAAAUCCUCCGGGAUAAUAAUCUUAUACAUCGGGAUCUGAAGCCACAGAAUCUCCUCCUUUCCACCACUGACAGCAAUGCAGUACUGAAAAUUGCUGAUUUUGGAUUUGCUAGAUCUCUGCAACCUAGAGGCCUUGCAGAAACCUUGUGUGGUUCACCCCUUUACAUGGCUCCAGAGAUAAUGCAACUUCAGAAGUAUGAUGCUAAGGCAGAUCUCUGGAGUGUUGGUGCCAUUUUAUUCCAGCUUGUAACUGGAAAAACACCAUUCACUGGAAACAAUCAAAUACAGUUGCUCCAAAAUAUUGUGAAGUCCACUGAACUGCAAUUUCCUUCUGAUAGUAAAGAUUUGAGUGCUGAAUGCAAAGAUUUGUGCCAAAAAUUGCUGCGUCGUAAUCCAGUGGAAAGGCUGACAUUUGAUGAGUUUUUUAACCACUCAUUCCUUUCCCAGAAGAAUGUGGAUGAAUCAUUGAGGAAUAGGAGGUUUGCAAAAUCAGUUGAAAGUUUUCCAUUGUGUGAAAGCAAUUCUGAAAGGAAUAUGGAGGACAUUUCUCCAGAGGAUUGUUUACCGUUCUUCCUGGAUGAUGAUUCUAGUGGUCCUGAUGGUAGCCCUUCCUUUUCUAGGAGGAGGUCCUCAAUGAAGUCCACCUAUGGAUUUUCUUUAGAUACAAGAGUUGAUGGAAAGGAAGCUAAAUCAAAUGUUUUGAAUAACACAGUUUUUGCUCAUACAUAUUCUAGUACCAGAAACAAUUUGGAAAAUACUAGUCUUAAGCCUGAAAUCAGUAAAUUUCCUGAUGAUAAUCUACAUGAACCUCCAAAAUUCAUGAACCAAAGGUCAAUAAAUGCCCGAUCUAGAGUUGUGGAUUCAUUAGAGUUGAUAGAUCAAGAUUAUGUUCUUGUAUCGGGUCCACCUUUGGAUGGGUCUUCUUCGUCAGCAAGUGCUUCCAAACCAAGCCAUAUACCGUCGAAGUUGCCCAGUCCUCAAGCAACUAUCAAUUUAAAUACUGCCCCCAUGCCUAUAACUUGCACUGUUAACAGUAAUAUGUGCCAUGUUGGAAGCUUGGACAGUCCAAGCUCUGCUCCCGGGACUUCUCAUGGAUCAACAGAUAUUGGAGAUGUUUUGGAGCAGCCAUCAACUCAUUGCAUGACUAGGAUUAAAUCAUUACAACAGUGUGCAGCUGCCAUCUCUGAACUAGUUCAUGAAAAGGUUGAGUCAGGUAAGCAACUGGAAGCAUUCUCGAUACAACUUGUUAUUCUCGCAAUUUGGAAGCAAGCACUGCAUAUUUGCCAUACUCGAGCUGCCUCAGCUAUUGAAGACAGCUCAAGCCAAGAAAGCACAAGGUUAAGAAGAAGUGGCAGCAAGAAGCAUGGGACUCCAGAUAUAGAAGAUUGUCCAGAUAGUGUGACAGAAAAUAUAUCCACUCAGAUUGAAAGGGAAUUUUUACGGGAAGUUGAGCAUGCAGAAGAACUUGCCAAGGCCAUCAAACCUGGAAAUAUCGAGAUGCCUGAUGCAAUGGAGACAAUAUUUCAAUCUGCCCUUGCUGUGGGAAGACAUGGGGGAGUUGAAGAGCUGAUGGGUGACAUGGAAGGUGCAUCUUUUUUAUAUUCAAAAGCAGUACGUUUAUUAGUCUUUCUUCUGGUGGAAGCGCCUUCCCUCAUUCUUAACCCGCCCUUUUCUCUCACAAACUCAGACCGGUAUAGGCUCCGAACAUACAUUGAUUUUCUCAAUAAUAGGCAGAGCCAUUCGAGGUGUCAAAGGAUGGCACUUCUCAAAUGCGAGGAACAAUGCCCACCGUAGGAAAGACAAAAUUCUUGCACUCUUCCUGGUGACUUGCUCUUGUUUACCAUGUAAAAUUAUUUGUUUGUACAGCUAUUCUUUGACUGGCUGGGGUUGGGUUGUUGUUAAAAGGUCGAUCUGUGCAAUUGGGGGAAGGUUGUUGUAAUGUUUUCAUUUAUGCGAUUUAAGGAAUGAACUGACCAAGAAACAAAAAGCAGAAGAGGAAGAAGGAAAAGGCCAAAAAUAAAAAAGAGGGGGAAAAAGAGGAUAUGGAAAAUGACGCACUGUACAUAUGUUGUGCGUCAAUUUGUUUGCUAUUUGGCACAGUAGUUAUAAAGAUAAAAAAUUCUAUCUUAUCAUA